AUGCCCGUUGAGGGCGUCGCUAUUCGCUAUGCGCCGGUCCGAACGAGCUUCUCCGGAAGUUUAUCAAGCGUUUUUUCACAUUUGCAGGCGAUUUCUCAAGCGGAAGAGGAGUUCUCACCGUCAGUCAGCGCUGUCUGCGAUAAAGGCUACAUCACGAUCUCGGUGCAGACGGAUAAACCGUUCCAGGGAGUUAUACACACGAGGGACAUCAAUGAUCGUGGAGUAACCAAAGAACUCCGCCGGGAGCCGUGCGUAGCCUACGGGCAAGGUGGAACGAACACUUCGCUGCGGCUCAGUCUUUUCUCCAGGAACGACGAUCCGCUCUACUGUGGAGUCCGCAAAAGGGAAUUUUCUGAGGAACGCUACGUCGCAGUCUACGUCCGAGUACACAAAUCACUCGAGCUGCAAGAGGACAAAUCCUACAUCAUCUCGUGCGGCAAAGGAAACUUCCGCAACGCAAGGAACGAGCUCAAUCGAGUCAGCCUCAGCUUCAUGGAAGACGACAAGAAGGUUCCUGAACUAAUCGUUGGCAGAAGAUACAAAAUUCGAGCUACAGUGUCCGGUCCUGGCAGCGUGCGAGGGAUCCGGGUCAAAUCUUGCUUCGCCUUCUCCGCGAACCACUCCGAUGUCGAACUGAUCGACCGUCGAGGUUGUCCUACCGGGAACUUCAUGGAGGCUUUCAAGUUUGUCGAGGAUAAGGACUACGCCGAAGCCGAUUUGGACGCUCGUUUCAAGUUCCCCGACUCUAACAAGAUCCACGUUCAGUGCGAUGUGUCCAUCUGUCCGGGCGAGAACGAAUGUCCUGAGAACUCCUGUCAACCUCGGGAAUCCGUGACCGGGAAGAGCGCGAAGGGCAAAGAAGCUGAAGGUGGAAAUUCCCUGAGCGCUUCGAGUUCGGUGUUCGUUGUGGAACCGGGACAGGCUUCAAUUGCCAGUCCGCUGCGCGAAUGCACGGAAUGGCGUUUCCCCUGGCUAAUCGGACUCUGCAUAUCGCUGGCGAUUCUGCUCCUGAUUAUGCUGAUCGUGAACAUCUUCCUCUGCUCAUCGCUCACCUGCUCUUGCGUAAACCAGGAGAUCGAGGAGAAAGAACCGUCCGAAAUCGAAGACUACGAUCCCUACAAAGGGUCCUACUACCCCGCAUCGCAUUACGGCUCGCAUACCACGCUUCAUAAGCAGCCCUAUAACGGUGGAAUGUCCACUCUAGGAGGACGCAGCCAUAUCUCGAACGCCAGCGAUCACUAUACCACAGUCCACUCGAGACCUCAUUCUCGCUACUCUCAGCGCUCCACGAAAGAUCCGCACCGGAGUCACUACGGAAUGUCCAACGGGGGCUACCACUAAGAAUGUUAACUUCACUGCUCUCGUGUCUCGCUGCCGCACCCCACUCAACCUCCACCUAGUCCAGACGAGCCUGCCAGUCAGCGAAUCAGUCAGAUGGCCGAAAAGACGGACGGUCGGUCGGUCGAGGAAAUGGAUGCACCAAUGAACUAGCAGGUGGAAUGGAGGAGGCCUAGAGAGAGGAGGUUCCUGACAGACGGCAGAUAGACACAUUCCCCCGGGGGCGAGGAAUAGAAAGACGGAAACGGUUUCUAGGCAACGCAAUGUUAGAAAAUUCCAAUAUGUGCCGGAAUGCUAGAAUAUCAGCGAUUU